AUAUUUAAGUAUUCCACUUCCUGUUUGUAAGGGUCAGGGUUCAAGGCUGACAAGUAUCUCCACAUGGUUCCGGUUUUGCUGUGUUUGUUGUUAACAGGUUGAUGCAUAUUUAAGUAAACCAAGGUACAACUAGAUACAGAGGAGUUGACAUCUGGUUAGAUACAUUUCUACAGUUAUGGAAGUGGUUGAUUCAAAAGAAAUCAUAUGUGAGGAUGCUGUUGAAAUGAACAGUGAUGUCACAGAACAAACCCUGUCAUCUUCUCACAUUCUCACACCAGAUGUUGAUAAGGAACCCUCGGCAAGUAUUGAAAGCCAGGUAGUAGCAGGGUGUAUAGAACCAAAUAAAGGCAAGUGUGCCUCCAUGGAAAAAAGAUGUGAUGAGAGCUUUACCAUGGACACGCAUACCAACAUAGUCUCCGACUCCUGUGCAGACUCCGACAUUGCAAAAGAAGCAGACAACAUGGAAACGACUAUGAUUGAAAACAAAAAUUCUGAGACAUUAAAUGUGGACACAAAGACCGAAAUUGGGAUGUCUGCAAUGAACAGAGAAAGUUUGGCAAAGAGAGAAGAAAACCUGGAGACUUCAGAGACUGAAAACAAAAAUUCUGAAUCGUUAAAUGUGGACACACAGACGAAAAUAGGGAUGUCUGCAAUGAAUGGAGACAGAGAAGAAAAUUUGGAGACUUCAGAGACUGAAAACAAAAUUUCUGAGUCAUUAAAUGUCCACACGCUGAACAAAAAAGAGAUGGCCCCAGUGAGCGAAGAAAAUAAAGCAAACAGAAUAGAAAACCUGAAGACCACUGACACUGAAAAUAAAAAUUCAGAGAUACCUACAGUCGACACUUUGAAUGGGGAUUACCCAGCAGGUGGUCAGAACAGCAUGGAGACUACUGCUACAGAACAUAAAGCUGAUGUACUGCUGAAAAUGGAGAAAGAGUACAGAGAACAGAACAGUUCUGACAGCGACUCGGACAGCAGUAGUAGUAGCUCCAGUAGCAGUAGCAGCAGUGAUGAAGAGGAGGUCAUACCUUCACCCAAGAGAGCAACUCCAGUAACAGAGAAGGCUACCAACAAGAUUCCCUUUGAAGAUCUCAGAACUGAAGGAGAAAUUUGUCUUGAUAAUCUGCCACCAAUAGAGGAGUUAUCCCUGGACAUUGAGGAAGGGUUAGAAAUGGUGUCUGUGGGAACUGUCUCCAGUGUACUUGGAGUACUGGCAAUAAUUCAGUCUGCAGUUGGAGUGCCUGCUCUCAAUGAGGACACCAUCUUGUUCACUGAAGGUCCAAAGGCAUUUGGCAGGGUAUUUGAAGUGUUUGGACCAGUGAGUACUCCGUGGUAUUCUGUGAGAUUUAACACUAAGGCUGACAUCGAAACCAAAGGAAUUAAAAGUGGGAUGCAAGUUUUCUAUGCUCCACAAAAGGAUGAUUACACUAAAUAUGUGUUUGUCAGUUACCUGAAAAAUCUGAAAGGAUCUGAUGCUUCAUGGAAGGAUGACAAUGAACCACCAGAAAAGUAUAAGGAAUAUUCUGAUGAUGAUGAAGAAAGGGCAUCAAAGUCCAAAUCAAGAGCUAAAGAUCGGUCCAAAUUCAAAGACGAGGCUGACGCAAAUGAAGGAGAUCGGUUACCAGGUGCUAAGAUCAGAAAGUCCUCGGUGAGGGGAACAGGCAGACCACAGAAACACUGGAAGGACACCGAACAGUAUGGACAAAGUGAUCAAUCCCAAAAUAGCUGGAAUAAUGGAGAUGAAUCCUACAACAGUAGAAAUGGAGGUCCGCACACUGGUUACAGUAACCAGCAAGGGAGAGGAGCAGGUCCCAGAUAUGCUGGUCAGACGUAUAGCAGAGGAGUAGCACGACCUCAACGGUUCAACUACCCCAGACCUAGGAGUCAGGGGCCCUUUGGUGGACCAGCCAAUUUCCAGUCGGAGCCUUCUUACAACAUGAACAGAGGUCCUAACCAGUAUUCCCGGGAUAAUAACAGAAUGAUUUCCCCUGGUAGAUUCUGUUCUCCAGAUAGUCAAAUGAGACACAACCUGCCUGUGGGGAACGCACCUUUUGGGUCAAAUUUUACUAGUGGUGGUAAUGAAUGGAGCAACAUGGAUGGUUACAAACAGUAUCAAUCACCCAGACAACCCAUUACUGAUAACAGACUGAUAAUGAACCAAGACAAUCAAAUACGGAACUUCACGUCUCCUCCACCACCCUCCAGUUACAACCAGAAUGGUGGUUUUGAUAUAAAUCAGCAACAUUUUGCACCCUCACCCCAAUCUACACAACACAUCUCUGCCUUUCAGUCCCCUCCCCCUUCUUUGAAUACUAACAUGAACCAAUUUAAUGGCCCUCCUCCAUUUUUGCCUUCCUCCAGUAAUGCAAAGAACAACAACAGUUUUAUACCCAAUCAGUCAGCUCCUCCCCCAUCUAUACACAAUCUUCCAAUGGGAAGUCAACAAAUGACAAGACCCCCCUUCCCACAACAUCCUACAGUAUUUGGAGGGCAGCCUCACUUUACCCAGGGUCCAAGUGGUAGACAAUAGUGAUGCUAUAAAUCUUAUUAUUAUCUAAUAACCCAUCAUAAUACUGUAUUUUAUCACAUAGACCUACCUACAGUAAAAUAAACUUUUAGAUAAUAAAUUCUGUCAAUAAGUGUACAUUGUUAAUAUCUGAUGAUUGUUGUACAUGUCUGGUACAUUUAACAGCUGACGAUUUGAUAAUUUGUUUACAUUCUAAUUAUGUUUACAUGUAUAAUUUGUUAACUACCAAUAAAAGAUGAUACAAGCCCCCAAUCAGAAUAUUUUGGUUAUUUUU